AUGAAUAAUACGGGCCACUGCAAGAAGGAGAACUAUUUAUACAACCAAUACGAUCAAUGUUAUGAUAUUUUUUUAAAAAGAAAUGAUAUAAGAAAUAUUGAUAUACCAGAAAAAAAAUCUGAAGUAAUAAACACACACAUUCAAUUUAAACAAAAGAAAGAGAAAGAGAAAAGAAAAGAGAAAUAUCCAUAUAAAAUAAUUAGAAUAAUAAAGAGUCAUGAAAACGAUGAUAUUGUUUUUUAUUCUGUCCAAAAAAUAAAUAAAAUAUACAAAAAAAAAAAAAAUAUUUACAAAAUAAACAAAUUAUACAGAAUAAAUAAAAUUGAAAAAUAUAAUUCAUUUAUCAAUUCUUGUGAACAUAUAUCAAAAGAUAUAUAUUUAAAAAAAACAAAAAAUUCUUUACCUUUAAACAAUGUAAAUAAUAUUUUAUCCACUGUAUGUAAGGAUGAAGAAGAAAAUGUAACUUGUAUAUUAAAGAAGGAUCAUAUUUAUAAUUUUUUAAAAUAUAACAAUUUUAUUAUUCUUGCGUGCCAAAAAAAAAAAAAGAAAUAUAAAAGUAAGAAAAUAAAAAGGUUAAGGAAAUUCAAUUAUUUUAUUCUGAAUAAAUGUUUGAUAGAAAAAUAUAAUAAUAAUAAUAAUAAUAAUAAUAAUAAUAUUUCCUUAGAAUGUAAAAAUAAUAUAGAGUAUGAUAAUAAUAUUUAUUAUUACAACAAGAAGAUUCAAAAAUUUUAUGGUUAUGUCAAUAAACAAAAUGAUCAUUUAAUAUACAAACAAUGGAAUUCAUAUAAAAAUAUAUCAACUGAUCAAAAUAAAAUAAGACAUCAUCAUAAUGAUUAUAAGAACAUACAAAAUUGUAAUCAUCCUUUAAUUUAUACAUUAAUAAAUAAUAUUAAACAUAUUUGUAAUUAUGAAUAUGUAAUUGAAAAAAAAUUUUGUUAUGAAUGCUACUCCAAAAUAAUAUUAAACAAAAUAAAAAAAAAAAAAGAAAAACAAAAAAAAGAAGAAGAUACAAAUAAAAAUGAUAUGAAUGAUCAUACAUAUGUCAAUAUAAAUCAAUAUAUGAAAAAAAAAAAAAAAAAAAAAAAAAGUGGAGAUAUAAAAAAUAUAUAUCCUAAUAAACUUAAUAGAAAUGAGCAAAAUAAAAAAUUAACCAAUUCAUAUAUUUUUACAUACGGAUUUUAUAGUAAAAAAGGAAAAUAUCAUAAGAAUGAAGAUUGUAGUUCUCAUACCUUAUUUAGUAGUUAUAAAAUAUUUAAACAAAUAAAAAAAUUUUAUACAAAUAUAAAGAAAACGAAAUAUUCCUUUUUUGAAGAACUCAUGAAAGUGUUUCAUGACGAGACACAUAUGGAAAAUACGAAAAAUAAUUAUAAUAAAAUGAAAAAUAAAAAAACACAUCUAAUAAACCCUGAUACAUAUUAUCAUAAUGAUUAUAUCAAAUUAUCCAAGGUGUAUGUAAAACUAUGUAACCCUUUUCUUUCUAUUUCUUUAAAAAAAAAAAAAAAAAAAAACCAAGACACGAGUAAAACAUAUCCUUAUGAUAUAAUAUAUAAUUAUUUCUGUGAUCAUUUGGAUGAAGAAAGUAAAGGUGAGCAUAUAAAAAAUAAGAUCAAACAGAAAAGAGACUAUCCAAACGAUCAGAAAAGAGACCAUUCAAACGAACAGAAAAGAGACUAUCCAAACGAACAGAAAAGAGACUAUCCAAACGAACAGAAAAGAGACUAUCCAAACGAACAGAAAAGAGACUAUCCAAACGAACAGAAAAGAGACUAUCCAAACGAACAGAAAAGAGACUAUCCAAACGAACAGAAAAGAGACUAUCCAAACGAACAGAAAAGAGACUAUCCAAACGAACAGAAAAGAGACUAUCCAAACGAACAGAAAAGAGACUAUCCAAACAAACAGAAAAGAGACUAUCCAAACAAACAGAAAAGAGACUAUCCAAACAAACAGAAAAGAGACCAAUCAAAUGAACAAAAAAGGAAUCAACCAAACGGACAACAAAACGAUUGUAUAGAUAAUCAUAAUAGUGGUCAUCAAAAUUUUUUAUAUAAUAAUAACACAAAUAAUAAUAUUAAGAAAGUAUUUAAUAAAAAACAAAUCAUUUCAAAUAAAAUAGAUAGUUAUAAUAACAAAACGAAUGUUCUUAAUUACAAAGUGAAGAAAUUAACAAAUCUUAUGAAUAAUAAUGAAGGAGAUUAUUAUUUUACAUAUGAUAAUAAUAUAAGACGUAAACAUAAAUAUAUAUUUACUUGUAAAAGUUGUAAAAAAACCGAAUGUAUAAAUAAAAAUAAAUAUGUCCAUAUUAAUUAUUUAAAGUAUUUAUUUAACAAGAAGUCUUAUUUAAAUAAAAAACAAUAUGAACCUCAAAAAUAUUUCUUAUAUAAUAAAUAUAAUAUAUAUGAUGAGAACCUUUUUGAUUUGUUAAAUGAAAAGAAUAACUCUACCAACUCAGAUGAGUUUGAAUUUUUAAAAUUCCACACAAAAAAAAAAAAAAAAAAAAAAAAAAAAUUAAUAAAUAGUUUUAACCAAUAUGAUAAUCAAAAUAAUUAUAAUUGUGGUCAUGAUAUAAAGUAUAAAAAAAAAAAUAUUAUAUAUAGAGAGACAGAUCAAAAUAAUAUGCAUAAAGAAAAAUAUUUUAAUGAUGAAGAUGUUAUCGAAGGAGAAGAUUAUUUUAAGAAACAUAACAAAUCAAAUAUGCUAUCUUUAAAAAAUUAUUUUAUUAAAUGUAAAACUUGUAGACAUUUGCAUAAAUAUGAUAACUUGAUAAAUGAAGAUAUAUUACAUAUCUAUAGAACAAAUUCUAUUUUAACGUCUCCACUUAUUUUAAAUAGAUCACCUAGUAUGUUACGUUCAUUGUUAAUAUCUUGUUAUAAAAAUAAAAAUAGAAAAAAUUUAAAGUAUUAUAUUAUGAAUUCUUUAUAUAUACAAACUUGUCGAAAGGAAAGAAAAGAGAUAAAAAAGGAUUUCCCUAAGGAGAAUAAAAAAAAAAAAAAAAGUCUGAUUAUUGAAAAUUCUUUUGAUAACAUUAAUAUAUGUGAUACAAUAUGUCACGGAGCUAUGUCUAAUGCUUCGUAUUAUUACUCAGACCUGGAAGUGUAUACAAAGGAUCACGUGGGGAAACGUCUAGAAAAAAAAUUAAAAACAGGUCUUUUAAUAAACAAAUUAAAUAAUUAUCAUAGGAGUAAUUCUUGUAAUAUAAGAAGAGGUCAGACGAACCGAAUGGAAUCUUUUAAUAUGUAUAAAGAGGGUUAUAUAAAUAAUGAUUACAUGACGAAGGAUAUUAUUUAUAAGGUAAAUAAAGAUGUGCAUAACAAACCUGUUGAUAAUAAAUAUAUUCCAUGUGUUAUAAGAAAAGAUAAUUUAAGUAAUAAAGAAAUGUUGUUUAAAUAUACAAGAAGAAAAAACAGAAUAGAUAGUUUGUAUGAGCAUUAUGAUAUACAUUUAUUUACUAUAUGUGAUGGACAUAGCUCUUGUCAUACUUCAUCAUUUUUAAUAAAAAAUAUCCACAAAAUAUUUUAUUAUCUUCUUAUCCACACUUUUUUUAAUAUUUACAUGUCCUUGAAAUUGAUACAUCCUUUUCUGGAUUUAUUAUAUUACAAGAUGUGUAUGGAAAAUAAUUUAAAAAAAUGUAACGGCUCAUGUAUAAUUAAUGUUUUUAUAAGAAAAAAUUAUAUAUAUGUUAGUAAUACAGGAGACAGCAAAUGCGGCCUUAUGACAUUUAAUUUGGAUAUGUAUGAUUAUGAAGAUAUAAUAAAAAAGGAAGAAAAAAAAAAGCAAAAAAAAGGAAACAAAGAAACGAAACAGAAAGGAAGAAGGAUGAAAGGAAAAAGGAUGAAUGGAAUGAAGGCACGUUUAAAUAGGGAAGAGGAUAUAAUAAAUACACAAGCGGAAACCAUAAAUUGUGAUGACAAUAUAUAUGAUGAGAAAAAAACAAAAGAUAUAGAAGAAUCAAAUUAUGAAUCAUAUAAAAUAAAUAUAAAAUCAAUUUCAUAUAACGAAUUGAAUGCUGAACACAAUUGUAAUAAUUAUUCUGAAUAUUUAAGAAUAUAUAAUUUAUAUAUGAAACAAUAUGACAAUGAACAUGAUAAUCAUAAGAUGAGUGCUCAUAAUAGGUACCAUAGAAAUAUGGGAGAUGACCAUAGAUAUAAUAAUUUAUGUGUAAAAAAAAUGGAUAAAAAUAUGUGUAAAAAUAUGAAUAAAAAUACAAAUAAAACACAUCAUUGUGAUAAUCAUCAUAGUAAUAAUAUGUAUGAUAAUUUAAAAGAUACAAUUUUUCAAAUAAAUAAUUUCAUUUUAAAAGAAAAAGAAGAGACACAAAUAAAUAUAGGGAAUAUCCCUAACGAUAUAAUUAAAUAUAAUCGAUUAAAUGGAUGCUUACAUCCAUCAAGAGUUAUAGGUGAUUAUGAUAUAAAAAAAAGAUAUAAUAGGAUAUAUAACAAUUUAUUAUCUAAUAAUUCUAAUAUAUAUAAAUACAAUAUAAAUAAUAUUAAUUUUUAUAAUAAUAUUCAUUAUCUUUAUAAAUACAAAAAAUGUUUUGACUGUGGAAAGAACUAUGUAUUAAAUAGUUAUGGUAAGGUUAACGGUAUAAAUGAUUUGACUUUUUUAAAAAAACAAAAGGAACAUUUAAAUAUGAAAAAUGAUGAUAUAAUAAAAAAAAAUGUAAAUAUAAAUUGUAAUAAUAAUGAUAAUAAAACAACAAAUGUUCACAAAAAUAUGAUUCAUUUUGUUAAUGUCUACGAAACAGAUGGUAAACAAAAAAAAAACAUUUAUGAUAAUUUUUAUCAUAUAAAAGAAAACAAAAAUAAUAAUAAUAAUAAUAAUAAUAAUAUUUAUAAUAAUAACAAUAUUUAUAAUAAUAACAAUAUUUAUAAUAAUAACAAUAUUUAUAAUAAUAAUAAUAAUAUCAGCAAUUUUACUACACACUCCAAUGUAAUUAAAGUUUAUAAAGAAAACCUUUAUAAUCAUAAUUACUCUAUGGAUCCACUAUCUAAUGAUAAUAAAAAAAAAAAAAACAAUUUCCAUUUUUAUCCAGAUGAACAACUUUUACCAUAUCUUUAUUUUAAACCUACAAAUUUAAAUAAAAAUUAUGUAUAUAGAUUUGAUAACAAAAACUUUUUUCACUUAUUAUUAAUAGCUUCAGAUGGUGUUUUUGAAUAUAUAAAUCCUUAUAUCAUAUUAAAUAUUAUAAAAAAACAUAAAAGCAUAUAUACAAAAAUCCAAAAAAUAUAUUAUUUUUAUAAUAAUUAUAUUAAAUAUAUGAACUCAACAAAGUAUUAUCUUAAUUAUAUGACAGAUCAUUUUCUUAUUACAUCAAAGGAAUGUUUCGAGUUAUCUAGAGAUAUCGUAAGAACAACAAUUCGUAUGGGAAAUUAUGAUGACAGUUCCUGUUUCUGUAUUUUCUUAUUCCCACAAUUUGGUUAA